GCUAUUAAAAAAUAAUAAAAAACUCAGAAUCCCAAAAAUAAAAAUAAAUAAAUAAAUGGAAAAAAAAUAUCCCAAUUAUUAUGGCCUCCAAUGUUCCUUAUCUCUUCCAAACUCAGCCCUUCCUGUUCCUUCAUUGGACCUCCCACCCAACACCCGCCCCUACUCAUCAUCUCCCUCUCUCUCUCUCUCUCAUGAGAAAAUAAAUAAUAAAGAGCCUAAAAAACCCAUUUGACCAACAUGUACAGACCCUAGUGGUUGUGGUUUGGUUUAUAUCUCUCAGUGCUUCUUCUUUCUCUGUUGCUUCCUCCUCACAACAAUCAAACUGAAAAAAAGAAAAAAGAUGAAGAGAGAUCACCGCGGUACCUGCACGGAUCAAAAUGGUUCCAAGGGCGAAUACUCGUCGUCCUCAUCCUCAGUGCUGAAUGGCAAGGCCAAAAUUUGGGAACAAGACCAAGAUGGCUGCGGCGGCAGUGGCGGCAUGGAUGAGUUGCUUGCCGUUUUGGGUUACAAGGUUCGGGCCUCAGACAUGGCCGAGGUGGCGGAGAAGCUCGAGCAGCUGGAGAUGGUCAUGGGCUCUGCUCAGGAAGAUGGGAUUUCUCAGCUUUCUGAUACAGUCCACUACAACCCAUCUGAUCUCUCCGGCUGGGUUCAGAGCAUGCUCUCUGAGUUCAACACGGUUGACGGGUCAGCAAUCGACGACCCGCUUUUUGUUGCAGCUGAUUCUUCGUCAAUCACCUCCAUACAUUUCUCCAAUUCUCACCGGAUUGAAAACCCGGCAUCUCGGGUUUUCCACGACGAUUCGGAAUACGAUCUCAGAGCAAUUCCUGGCGUUGCAGCUUACCCACAAACCCAUUUGGACUCGGAGGCAGAGAGCAGGAGAAAGCGAUUGAAAACCUCAAUUGGGUCAAAUUCAAUCGGGCCGAAUUCCGGGGUUGGAGCCGACUCGGGUUCUGUAUCCGACCCAGCUCGGCCUCUGGUUCUGGUUGACUCACAAGAAACAGGCGUUAGACUCGUCCAUACACUCGUGGCUUGUGCUGAGGCUGUUCAGCAAGAGAACCUGAAGAUCGCAGACGCGCUUGUGAAGCACGUGAGUCUACUCGCGGCCUCCCAAGCCGGCGCUAUGAGAAAAGUCGCCACUUACUUUGCUGAAGCUCUAGCUCGUCGAAUUUACCGAAUUUACCCUCAGGACAGUCUGGAUUCUUCAUAUUCAGAUAUUCUCCAGAUGCACUUUUACGAGACCUGCCCCUAUCUCAAGUUUGCUCACUUCACCGCAAACCAGGCCAUUCUCGAAGCCUUUGCCACGGCAAGUAGAGUCCACGUCAUCGAUUUUGGGCUUAAGCAGGGGAUGCAAUGGCCAGCGCUCAUGCAGGCCCUAGCAUUGAGGCCCGGCGGGCCGCCCUCGUUUCGGCUUACAGGAAUUGGCCCGCCGCAGCCCGACAACACGGAUGCCUUGCAGCAGGUGGGAUGGAAGCUGGCCCAAUUGGCCGAAACUAUUGGCGUAGAGUUUGAAUUUCGGGGAUUCGUGGCCAAUAGUUUGGCGGAUCUCGAACCCUCGAUGCUCGAGAUCCGCCCUCCAGAUGUCGAGACAGUGGCGGUGAACUCGUGUUUUGAGCUCCACCCUCUCCUGGCUCGACCCGGGGCGGUUGAAAAGGUCUUGUCAUCAAUCAAGGCCAUGAAGCCUAAGAUUGUGACAAUUGUGGAGCAGGAGGCAAACCAUAAUGGACCGAUUUUCCUGGACCGGUUCAACGAGGCCUUGCAUUAUUACUCCAACUUGUUUGACUCGCUGGAGGGAUCGUCCGGUCCGAGUCAGGAUUUGGUCAUGUCCGAGGUGUACUUGGGUAGACAGAUAUGCAACGUGGUAGCAUGUGAAGGUCAGGACCGAGUCGAGCGACACGAGACUCUGAGUCAGUGGCGAGGCCGGAUGGACUCGGCCGGGUUCGACCUGGUUCACCUCGGGUCGAACGCGUUCAAGCAGGCCAGUAUGUUGCUGGCUCUUUUCGCCGGCGGAGAUGGGUACAGGGUGGAGGAGAACAAUGGGUCUCUCAUGCUUGGGUGGCACACACGGCCCCUCAUAGCCACCUCAGCAUGGCAGCUGGCGAGUUCGACUGAGUCAACCCGGUGAGUUGAACCGAGUGACUCAGUGAGCUACAAAACUGACCUCUGAAGACCCUUGGGUGAUUAUCGAUUGACUACCGGAUGAAAAUAGGGGUGUGUCGUAUCUCGUAUGGUGGGUACACAUACCCACUGUGGGGGGUGGGGGGUGUGGCUAGUUUGUCAGUAGAAAGAGUGGUGGAGCUGCAGUAAAAAGUGAAACUGUAAAACGAAUCCAAUCCAAUCCAAUCAAGUUUGUAAUUGUAACUGUAAAAUGGUGCGUUUUUAUUUUUACCCUUCUGUGGCUCCUAGUCUCGGUCAGAUUUUCACCUCAUCUGUUUUUUAAACUUGGUUUAGUUUAAUGUAAUUUCUCUUUUGGUCUAGAUUUUUUACUUUUUUUAGUUUGUGUGUGAAGUUUUUUUGGGCCCCUUGCAUAAUUUCAAGGGAGGGAUCAAUGUGGAUCGUUGAGAAUGUAUCUAUCUUGCUUUGUUGAAUAAAAAUAAUGAGCAUUGAUUCUGAA